UUAACCAAUGAGAUGCUUUCUUUACCCAGUCGGUACUUUAACCAAUGAGAUGCUUUCUUUACCCAGUCGGUACUUUAACCAAUGAGAUGCUUUCUUUACCCAGUCUGUAGUUUAACCAAUGAGAUGCUUUCUUUACCCAGUCUGUAGUUUAACCAAUGAGAUGCUUUCUUUACCUAGUCUGUAGUUUAACCAAUGAGAUGCUUUCUUUACCCAGUCUUUACUUUAACCAAUGAGAUGCUUUCUUUACCCAGUCGGUACUUUAACCAAUGAGAUGCUUUCUUUACCCAGUCUUUACUUUAACCAAUGAGAUGCUUUCUUUACCCAGUCUUUACUUUAACCAAUGAGAUGCUUUCUUUACCCAGUCUGUACUUUAACCAAUGAGAUGCUUUCUUUACCCAGUCGGUACUUUAACCAAUGAGAUGCUUUCUUUACCCAGUCGGUACUUUAACCAAUGAGAUGCUUUCUUUACCCAGUCGGUACUUUAACCAAUGAGAUGCUUUCUUUACCCAGUCUGUAGUUUAACCAAUGAGAUGCUUUCUUUACCCAGUCGGUACUUUAACCAAUGAGAUGCUUUCUUUACCCAGUCGGUACUUUAACCAAUGAGAUGCUUUCUUUACCCAGUCGGUACUUUAACCAAUGAGAUGCUUUCUUUACCCAGUCGGUACUUUAACCAAUGAGAUGCUUUCUUUACCCAGUCGGUACUUUAACCAAUGAGAUGCUUUCUUUACCCAGUCGGUACUUUAACCAAUGAGAUGCUUUCUUUACCCAGUCGGUACUUUAACCAAUGAGAUGCUUUCUUUACCCAGUCGGUACUUUAACCAAUGAGAUGCUUUCUUUACCCAGUCGGUACUUUAACCAAUGAGAUGCUUUCUUUACCCAGUCUGUAGUUUAACCAAUGAGAUGCUGUGUUUCAGGUCUGUCGGUACUUUAACCAAUGAGAUGCUGUGUUUCAGGUCUGUCGGUACUUUAACCAAUGAGAUGCUGUGUUUCAGGUUUGUCGGUACUUUAACCAAUGACUUGCUGUGUUUCAGGUCUGUCGGUACUUUAACCAAUGAGAUGCUGUGUUUCAGGUUUGUCGGUACUUUAACCAAUGAGAUGCUGUGUUUCAGGUCUGUCGGUACUUUAACCAAUGAGAUGCUGUGUUUCAGGUUUGUCGGUACUUUAACCAAUGAGAUGCUGUGUUUCAGGUUUGUCGACCGGCUGAAGCGGGACGAUGAAGCGUGCGCUGCAGCACUGCAGAGCGGCCAGAUGUUCCUGUUCCACCGGCUGGCUCCACUGCUGCAACGCACCGAGAGGGGAACCCUCAGACCCAUAGCACGCAGAACCUCAGGCGUGCAGUCGAUCCUGCAGAGACUCGGCUCGGACCCAACCCUGCUGGACCAGUCGGUUCUGAUUGGCUGCUCCCAACAGAACCAGGCUCAGUUCUGUCUGGACGUCGGAGAAGUGGACCAGGAGGUUCUGGAGGAAGAGUGUGGAGGAACCUUCAUCGAUCUGAAGAAGUCUUUCUUUCUCCUCCCGGCAGCAGAGGCUCCUCUGGUCGCCAAGGGUCAGGCUCUGCUGCGCUGGCAUCAAACCAGCGGUUUCUGCAGCGCCACGGGGCGACCCACCCAGCGCAACCGGGCGGGAAGUCAGAGAGUCUGCAGCGACAUCAUCUACUACCCCAAGAUGUCUCCGGUGGUCAUCGCCCUGGUGUCUGAUGGGAAACGGUGUUUGUUAGGCCGACAGGUGUCCUUCCCUCGGGGGAUGUACAGCGCUCUGGCUGGCUUCUGUGACAUGGGGGAGACCCUGGAGGAGGCUCUGAUCAGGGAGCUAGCAGAGGAGGUGGGUUUGGAGCUCCUCAGCGUCUCCUACAGCUCCUCGCAGCAUUGGCCGUUUCCUCACAGCUCCUUCAUGAUUGGCUGCCACGCCACUGUAAGCCCCGCCCACACUCAGCUGUCCGUGGACCAAUCAGAGCUGGAGGAUGCUCGCUGGUUCAGUCUGGAGGAAGUGGUCACCGCCCUGCAGGUGAAGGCCCCGCCCCCGAGAGGCGCCGCUGGCCUAUGGCUGCCUCCCAAACACGCCAUCGCCAACCGCCUCAUCAGAGAGUGGGCGGAGCAACAGAGACUGGACUACAACUGAUCCCAGACUGGACUACAGCUGAUCCCAGACUGAACUACAGCUGAUCCCAGACUGGACUACAGAUGAUCCCAGACUGGACUACAGAUGAUCCCAGACUGAACUACAACUGAUCCCAGACUGAACUACAGAUGAUCCCAGACUGGACUACAGCUGAUCCCAGACUGAACUACAGCUGAUCCCAGACUGGACUACAGAUGAUCCCAGACUGGACUACAGAUGAUCCCAGACUGGACUACAACUGAUCCCAGACUGAACUACAGAUGAUCCCAGACUGGACUACAACUGAUCCCAGACUGAACUACAGAUGAUCCCAGACUGAACUACAACUGAUCCCAGACUGGACUACAACUGAUCCCAGACUGGACUACAGCUGAUCCCAGACUGGACUACAGAUGAUCCCAGACUGGACUACAACUGAUCCCAGACUGAACUACAGAUGAUCCCAGACUGGACUACAACUGAUCCCAGACUGGACUACAGAUGAUCCCAGACUGGACUACAACUGAUCCCAGACUGAACUACAACUGAUCCCAGACUGGACUACAGCUGAUCCCAGACUGGACUACAACUGAUCCCAGACUGAACUACAGCUGAUCCCAGACUGGACUACAACUGAUCCCAGACUGAACUACAGAUGAUCCCAGACUGGACUACAACUGAUCCCAGACUGGACUACAGAUGAUCCCAGACUGGACUACAGAUGAUCCCAGACUGGACUACAGAUGAUCCCAGACUGGACUACAACUGAUCCCAGACUGAACUACAACUGAUCCCAGACUGGACUACAACUGAUCCCAGACUGGACUACAGAUGAUCCCAGACUGGACUACAACUGAUCCCAGACUGAACUACAACUGAUCCCAGACUGGACUACAACUGAUCCCAGACUGGACUACAGAUGAUCCCAGACUGGACUACAACUGAUCCCAGACUGAACUACAACUGAUCCCAGACUGGACUACAACUGAUCCCAGACUGGACUACAGCUGAUCCCAGACUGGACUACAGAUGAUCCCAGACUGGACUACAACUGAUCCCAGACUGAACUACAACUGAUCCCAGACUGGACUACAACUGAUCCCAGACUGGACUACAGAUGAUCCCAGACUGGACUACAACUGAUCCCAGACUGAACUACAACUGAUCCCAGACUGGACUACAGCUGAUCCCAGACUGGACUACAACUGAUCCCAGACUGAACUACAGCUGAUCCCAGACUGGACUACAACUGAUCCCAGACUGAACUACAGAUGAUCCCAGACUGGACUACAACUGAUCCCAGACUGGACUACAGAUGAUCCCAGACUGGACUACAGAUGAUCCCAGACUGGACUACAGAUGAUCCCAGACUGGACUACAACUGAUCCCAGACUGAACUACAACUGAUCCCAGACUGGACUACAACUGAUCCCAGACUGGACUACAGAUGAUCCCAGACUGGACUACAACUGAUCCCAGACUGAACUACAACUGAUCCCAGACUGGACUACAACUGAUCCCAGACUGGACUACAGCUGAUCCCAGACUGGACUACAACUGAUCCCAGACUGAACUACAGCUGAUCCCAGACUGGACUACAACUGAUCCCAGACUGAACUACAGAUGAUCCCAGACUGGACUACAACUGAUCCCAGACUGGACUACAGAUGAUCCCAGACUGGACUACAGAUGAUCCCAGACUGAACUACAGCUGAUCCCAGACUGAACUACAGAUGAUCCCAGACUGAACUACAGAUGAUCCCAGACUGGACUACAACUGAUCCCAGACUGGACUACAACUGAUCCCAGACUGAACUACAGAUGAUCCCAGACUGGACUACAACUGAUCCCAGACUGGACUACAGCUGAUCCCAGACUGAUACAGCUGAUCCCAGACUGAACUACAGAUGAUCCCAGACUGAUACAGCUGAUCCCAGACUGAACUACAACUGAUCCCAGACUGGACUACAACUGAUCCCAGACUGAACUACAGAUGAUCCCAGACUGAUACAGCUGAUCCCAGACUGAACUACAGAUGAUCCCAGACUGAACUACAACUGAUCCCAGACUGGACUACAACUGAUCCCAGACUGAUACAGCUGAUCCCAGACUGAACUACAACUGAUCCCAGACUGGACUACAACUGAUCCCAGACUGAACUACAGAUGAUCCCAGACUGGACUACAGAUGAUCCCAGACUGGACUACAGAUGAUCCCAGACUGGACUACAGAUUAAAAAAUUGCAAUAUAAAAUGUAAUCCGGUAAUCCUCAAUAAUCACUGUAAUCUGAUUACACUUUUUUUUUUAUUGUGUGUGUUGUAAUCUGGGCUGAUUUUAAUUACUUGAUUUUUGUAAUCUGAUUACAUGUAAUCAGUUACUACCCAACCCUGUGUGUUAACCUAUAAAAUAAAAAUAAGUAGAUAAUACUCGCUGUCAAACUAUUAAAAAAAAAAAAAUGUUUAGUGGCGUUCAGGAAUCUGUUCCAAUCAAAAACAUAUUCCUACUUUGUUGUGACUUUCUGUCCCCCUGUAAUCUAACGUACAAACAUCGUGAAAUAUUAUUACAGAAACAAGGUUUUGUUGCAAUAAAAACAUUUAUUUAGA